CCAAAGUUGUAUGUUCUUCCUCCUGAAUAUGUUUAUUACAUUUCAGAUUCUGAAGUUUCUUUCUUGGCUUCAGCAUAUGAUGAAGAUUUAGGUGAUAAACAACUCACAGCAAAGGUUUUCUUCAAUAAUGAAGAGGUUGCAACACAAGAAAUUGCAAAUAGCAAAGAACUAAAGACCAUCAAAUUCAAAGUUCCAUCCAAUACAGCAGCUGGGCAAUAUCAGGUUAAAGUUACAAUUACUGAUGGUAAAAAGAUUGCCACAAAGAGAUUUAUCAUUGUUAUCCAAGAUAAUACAGUUCUCACAACUGCAUUCGAACCACUAAUCAACAAAACAUACAAUAAAGGUGAUAAACUCAAUUUCACAGCUGUUAUCAAUGCCCAGAUACAAACUUUGAUAACAAAUUCAGUGUUUCACUCUUCUAUAAUGAUAAAGUUAAGAAGACAAUAG